UGUCCAUUUAUAUUGUCCAGACACAGUGCAGAGGUUAUUCGGAGGUGCCGGCAGACACAAGGUGACGGGCUCAGAGGAACAAAGGCGGCGAUUCUGGAUUGAAGGCUCUUCUACCAGAAUGGUGAGGAGCAGAAAGACACAUGACGGCCGCCAUGAGCAUUGUGACAAGUGUUACAAUGUCCACUGUCACUUCCCGGUGCAGAUUUCGGUCUCGUGCUUGAUCAUCAGUUGUCGUAAGAACUGUGGAGCCGUCCUCCAUAUGUGCAAGCUGGAGGAGCACCAGCUUCUCUGCCCCAAUGAGACGGUCCCCUGCCUCAACGCCACCUAUGGCUGCCCUCUCAGCAUGCUGCGCCACAGGCUGGCCAAACACCUGGAGGUGUGCCCUGCCAGCGUGGUCUGCUGCUCUCAGGAGUGGAACCGCUGGCCUGUCUCAGAAACUGAUCUGACCUUCUACAAAAAUGUUUCAGAAAACCUUCAAACUGAAGUGAAUCUCGAUGUUGCUAUGGCUCUCAGGGACCAAGAGCUGCUGUUUCGAUCCAUCAAAAUGAAGAACAUUUUUCCUGAGCUGAUGUUGGAUGAUCCUGCCUGUCAGGAUGUUACUGCUGGGGGCCACAAUCCUUCAGGAGAAGCAGCCUGCGCUUCAGUUUGUGGUGAAUUUACAGAAAAUGGUUGCACAAAGAUGGAGGAGCAACUGAGCCAAGAGGAGAGGGAUGCUUUGGCAAAGAGCAGGGACGUCGAUAAUAUUCAGAACUACAGCUCCUGGGAGAAAAUAUUCAAGAAGGAGAUGGAUGGAUGCAAGCAAACUGUCCAAAACCUGAAUAAGAUGGAGGAAAGUGGAGAGAAAAGGGGAGAGUGUGAACCAUCAAACUGUCAGGGAGAGACGAGAGACUCACAUCUGAGCCAACGGAAUGCUGCUGCUGCUCCGAGCAUGAAUGGAGCUACUGGCCUUGCUCCAUGGCAAGAUGGGGUUCUUGAGAGGUUAGGCAGGGAGGUAAACAUUGCUGAAUAUAACAUGUACCUGGUGCACAACGGGGCAAUGCUCAUUAACUUUGGCCAACUUGCAGCAUGCACCCCGAGAGAAAAGGAUUUUGUUUACGGGAAUCUGGAGCCCAUCGAGGUUGAAACCGUCCGAACAUUCAACGUUCCUACAAGCUAUCGAGCAAAGCGCCACCACCUGAAGGACCCCUUGAACAAGAAGGCAACCAAACACAAGAGCGUCGACACUGCAGAUCUGACCCUGCCAGGCGAGGGUCUCCCAAAGUGUGACGAGGUCGACGCCACACUCCUGUGUUGCCUAGAAAAGGAACUGAAAGGCCACUUCAUCUCAGAGAGUGUGGGGAUAGAUGGUCUUUACGUGGAUACUGGAACGCAAACGUACGACUUCGCCUCUGCUCCGUUCAGGACAGACGCUUCGCUUGCUGACGUCAUCGCAGACAAACCUCGUAGCCUUUAUGUACAUGUCGAAGCAGAGUCCGUCACCAGAAGACACAACAAAACAAGCUCAGCCUUCAGCUACAUGUGUGGUCACUUCUUUCGCCGUGACGAAUACCGCUGUCAUUUCAGGAAUGUGCACUCCGACAUACAGGCCUCGAUUAGCGGCUGGUUCCAGCAGCGCUGCCCCUUGCAAUACCUCGGCUGCACUUUCACACAGACGAGGUUCCACCCUGCCGGUCACAAGGGCACAAUCAAAUUCUGCCAAGAUGUCAGCACCUUCGUCCUCCAGCCAGAGGUCCCCUCACCACUCUGUGAAGGUGGGAAAACCUUCGGCUGUCACAGAAAUGCUGAACAUAAUCUGGAUCCCCUGAGCAGCCUGCCCCUGGAGAUCCUUCAGCACGUGGCUGCGUACCUGGACAGCUUUACAUUAUCUCAGCUGUCGCAGGUUUCCCAUCUGAUGAGAGAGGUGUGUGCCACGCUGUUGCAGGAGAGAGGGAUGGUUUCUCUCAAGUGGGAAAAGACACAUUCCCAGGAGGGAAGCUCCUGGAGCUGUCGAAAGAAAGUUUGGGAGUUCAGCAGUCUGUUCUCCUCUGUGGACAGAUGGAGCUUCAGCAACACUCCCUCCAUGUCAGAUCACCUGAAGACCUGCUCCUUCUACCAGAGAGAGGAGCGCACCCAGCCGGUGGCCUUAGCCUGCCUGGGAGAGCGUGUGACAAGACUGACAUCUCCUGGAGAAAAGCUGAAGUGCGUCGCCUGUGUGGAACCAUGACAGAAGUCAGGAUCAUGUCCUGCAUGUCAUAUGUGAUUAAACACAACUGUGCAUGCUUCGUGAGGACAACACUGACAGCUUUGU